AUGCUGUCCAUCAAUAUCACACAAUAUGCCACACCUCAAAAUUAUGAGCUGAGCGAGCUUCCCGCACCGACCGUGGACGAUCCCAAUGACAUCCUCAUCAAAGUCCACGCAGCUAGUAUCAACCCGAUCGACGUGAAAAAGGCAUCCGGUGCUUCCAAGGCGGUAUUAAAAGAUAGCUUCCCGUACAAGAUCGGCUACGACUGCGCUGGCACCGUUGCAGAAAUCGGAUCUCAAGUAACCCGUUUCAAAGUUGGCGAUGAGGUUUACGCUCGACUACCUGAAUGCCAUCGAGGGACGUGGAGUGAACUGGCCAAAACGACCGAAGACUUUGUCGCUUUGAAGCCAAAGAGCCUGUCCAUGGAAGCUUCGGCAUCAAUUCCAUUGGCGGCUAUGACCGCUCUACAGGCUCUUCGGGGGUACCCUGGCAGUCUCGAGGGGAAGACUGUGUUUGUACCUGCUGGCUUGGGUGGCACCGGACUAUUCGCCUGCCAGUUGGCCAAGAAUGUGUUCAAGGCCGGAAAAGUCAUCACAACCGUUUCGACAUCCAAGGUCCCUCAAGUGAAGGAACUUCUAGGUGAUGGAGUCGUGGAUGAAAUCAUCGACUACAGAAAAACGGACCCAAAGACUGCCAUCCCUCCGCAGUCGGUUGACUUUCUUUUUGAUACGACUGGAGACUCCAUGACCUAUCUGUCGCUCAUGCGAAAGACAGGUGCCAUCGUUUCCAUCUCCAUCCUGACUUCGGGAGAUACCUUGCAAAACUCAAGUCUCAUGCGGCUAUCACCUGACAAGAAUAACAGAGCGACAGUGCCAUUCACUGUCCGCGUCGCACUGAAUGUGCUGGAUCGAAUUCGUACGAUUCGUGCAUCACGAUAUGGUGUCAAGUACUCGGCUAUCUUUCUGGAACCCAACGCCAAAGAUCUGGAAUCCAUUCAUGAGUGGGUUGAAUCGGGCCAACUACGUACAGUUGUUGGAACAAAAGUGCCUUUCAACGAUCUUCAGGCUGUUCGCGAUGCGUGCCAGGUUGUGUAUGACUCGAAAGGUGGAGUUGGAAAAUCGGUGAUCACAUUUGUGUGA